AGCCGUCGCGUGUUCGUAGAUAAAUUGCAAUUUCGCUAGCGUUUUUUUUUUUAAUUAUCUUUAAAAAAACGCAAAUAAACCAAUUCCAAUUGACGCUGGGCCAACAGCGUAUUGAUUGUAAUCAACUUGCAAACAAAUCAGCAAUUCAACUUGCAAACGUUGCAGCCGCUUGAGACGGAAUAUCACGGCCUAGCCUUGCCUUGCCAAGCAAACAAGUUUGCCGCGUUGCGUAUCUAAAAAGUGAGUAGUUGCACAUUUGGGACUGUUAUGAAAACCGUCAGAGAUUAGACGGACUAGCUUUGCUUAGCUGCCCACAGGCAACACAACUGCUACAACUACAACAACAGCUACAACUACAACUAAAACACCGCAUUGCACCCCCCCGCUGUCAACAAACGCCGAUGCUGCGCCAGAGCAAGAGCUGGAGCCAGAGCCAGAGCCACAGGCAAAUGCAGUUGCAGUUGCAUAUGCACUAACUACGCGCCGCUCAACACAGCCGCUCGACAGCAACAACGCCAGCAGCAGCAACGGCAGGAACAGGAACAGCGGCGGCGUCGGUUGAUCAACACUCACAUCUAGACAAAUACAUACACAGACACAGACACAAACACACACAUACAUACACAUACAUAUAGACCGCAUACAACGACUGUGACAUUACAGUGAGGGUGAGAAACGUAAGAGGUCCUUACAUUUCACGCUAUAAUAGACAGAGAGAGAGAGAGAGAGAGAGUGAGAGGGAGUGAGACAGAGACAGAGAAGUGAAGGCAGAAAGCAGGAGGCGUAUUCGCUGCCCAGCACACAAAACGCCCAUUUGAAUGGAUCCGUGUGUUGGCUGGUUUCAGGAGGAACAGGAGGGACCAGCGUUGCGUACAUGGUUAAAGAUUUGGGAAACGAAUGCCCAGGAGAUGGGUGCACUUCUUGAGCAACAGCUACAGCAAAACAACAAUAAUAAUAAUAACAACAACAACAACAACAACAGCAGCAGCAGCGGCAGCAGCAUCAACAGUAACGGAAAUAACAUCAGUAGCACCGGAAACGGCAACAGCAACAGCAGCACCGGCAACAGCAGCAACAAUAACAACAACGCGGUGGCCACAAACAAUUUAUCUAGGAUAAUAAGCAACGGUCCUACGAUCAGCCUGCGUGAUCCCGACUCAUUACAAAUUCUUCUUCAGCAGUUGAACGAAACGCCAGAUCGUCACGGGAACAGCAGCAACAUUAACGGAGGCAAAAGCUCAAGCAACACGUCUAUCGAUUCCACAUCGAACAACGACAAUAAUUCGCCAGCAAGCAGCAGCAGCAGUAGCAGUAUCAGCGCCAGCGCCAGCGCCAAUACUAACAAUUCAGUUAACGGUACACCGACAACAGCAACAGCAGCAGCGCCAACACCAACAACAACUACAACACCAACAACAACACCAACAACAACAACACCAACAACAACAGCAACAACAGCAGCAACAGUGGCUGCUUCAAACAGCACAACGACGCCGACAGGUGGUGAUAGCACCAACACCACCGCCACGAACACCACCACAAGCACUACCACAACAACCACAAGCACAACCACCGGUACCACCAGCAGUACCACCAGUACCAGUACCAGUACCAGUACGAGUAGCAGUACCACGAACAGCAGCAGCAGCAGCAACAACAGCAGCAGCAACAGCAACAGCACCACUUUUGUAGCCAAUCCCGCGUCCAAGGUGCCGCUGCACGAGCGCGCCAACACCUAUUAUAAUCCAUCGCGCAGGAAACGCGUCGUGGACAACAAGUCGAGCACAUUAAAUCUGAACAAGCACGCCGAAAUGAUAGCCAAAUAUAAGGGCUGUCCGUGGCGAGUGCGCGAUUAUCAGUACGGUGACGGUAUAAUUGGUUUGCACGAGGAGAUCGAUCACUUCUAUCAGUAUGUGCUGCCCACGCCCUGCGAGCAUGCCAUUCGAAACGAGGUGGUCAAGCGCAUCGAGGCCGUUGUCCAUUCCAUAUGGCCGCAGGCGGUGGUCGAGAUAUUUGGUUCCUUUCGCACCGGCCUCUUUUUACCCACCUCGGAUAUUGAUCUAGUGGUACUAGGUCUGUGGGAGAAGCUGCCGUUGCGCACCCUUGAAUUUGAGCUUGUUUCGCGAAACAUCGCGGAGGCCUGCACGGUCCGAGUGCUGGACAAGGCAUCUGUGCCGAUCAUCAAGCUGACAGAUCGCGAGACGCAGGUGAAGGUCGACAUAUCGUUCAACAUGCAGUCGGGCGUACAGUCCGCGGAGCUGAUCAAACAGUUUAAGCGCGAUUAUCCUGUGCUGGGCAAGCUGGUGCUGGUGCUAAAGCAGUUUCUACUGCUGCGCGAUCUCAACGAGGUGUUCACGGGCGGCAUCUCAUCGUAUUCACUGAUACUCAUGUGCAUCAGUUUCCUGCAACUGCAUCCGCGCGGCAUCUGUCACGACAAGACGAAUCUGGGCGUGCUCUUGCUCGAGUUCUUUGAGCUGUACGGUCGUCGUUUUAACUAUAUGAAGAUUGGCAUUUCCAUUAAGAAUGGCGGCCGCUAUAUGCCCAAGGAUGAGCUGCAGCGCGACAUGGUCGAUGGCCACAGGCCAUCCUUACUCUGCAUUGAGGAUCCCCUAACGCCCGGCAACGAUAUCGGACGCAGCAGCUACGGUGCCCUCCAUGUUAAGCAGGCCUUCCAAUGCGCCUAUCGCGUGCUCACCCAGGCGGUCAGUCCGCUCAAUCUUUGGGGCACCGAUGCACGUGUCACAUCCAUAUUAGGGCGCAUAAUACACAUAACGGAUGACGUUAUUGACUACCGCGAAUGGAUACGGGAGAACUUUGAGUAUCUGACCGCCGUGGAUCCAAUCUCGCCACUGCCCGCCUACACGAAUGGGGCCGCCAAGUAUGUGAUCAUGCCCUCCGGUGCCGUAGUGCAUCAGAUUUAUCAUCCGCAUACGGUGCUGCAGCCGCACGCGCUGGCGCAGCCGUAUCAUACGGCAGCAGCAGCAGCAGCGGCGGCGGCAGCGGCUGCACAACAACAACAGCAGCAACAGCAACAUCAGCUGCCGCCACAGGCGCAGCUGGCUAGCAAUCUGAAUCUGACGGCGCUGCGUCAUCGGCGGGGCAGCACCUCAUCGGCGGAUGAUUCUGAGGACAGUAAAGACUGCGAGGUUGGCGACCGGGAACGGGAGUCUAUAACAUCUGUUGGCCAGCCGGUUGUCGAGGUUAUUGACAUCACCUCAUCGCCGCCAAAUGGACUGGAUGUGGCAGCGAUGCCCGUGACUGUACCCAAGCCGAUAAUGGUGGCCAUCAGCAACAGCUCGUUGUCGGGCUCGUCGCCAGACAUGGAGCAACUCAGCGAUGCCCCGGCGGACGGACUGGAUGAUCAAGUCUUGAACAGCCAUAUCUACAACACAACCACCGGCCACGUCCAAGCCAGCAGCAGUAGCAGCAGCGGCGGCGGCGGCGGCGGCGGCGUCGUCGGGAAUACAGCGACGCGAAGCUACGGCCAACAGCAGGCGGGGCAGCGCAGUCACUCGAAUUCGUAUUACCGUCAGCCGCUCUAUGUGCCACCACCCUUGCAGCAGCAGCAACAGCAACAACAGCAGCAGCAGCAAUUGACCAAGACCAUUUCCAAUACCCAGCCGAGCAGCUACAAUGGCCAUCACGCCCAGCAGCAACAGCAGCAACAACAACAACAACAGCAGCAGCGGCCGCAGCAUUUGCGUUUGGCCACCAGCAAUAGCAAUAGUGGGACAAACAGUGCUGGUGGCGGUUACCAGCAGCAUCAUCAUCAUCACCAUCAGCAACAACAACAGCAGCAGCAUCAUCAUCAUCACCACCAUCACCAUCAGCAGCAACAGCAGCCGCAGCCGCAUCACCAUCAUCAGCAACACCCGCAACAGCAGCAACAGCAUCGGCGGCACUUCCAGUCGAGCGCAUCAAAAGCGGUAGGUUCGCCCACAGUAUCAUCAUCCUGCACAUCAGCAGCGGCAACAACGAGCGCGCAUAGCGGCAACAGCAGCAGCAGCCAUAGCAGCAGCAGCAACAGCCGUUUGCAGCAAAUGCGCGACACUCGUCUCGUCAACUCAUCCUCCUCAAUCAUUUCCAUAUCGUCUGAAUCCUCAGUUGGCAGCUCAAGCAGUUCGUCCCCCCGUUCACCGCGCUGCGGCUCUGGUGGUGAAUCCCCGGACUCGGCUUCCGGCCAGCUGGCCACUGCAGAAGAUCGCUGAGGAUAUCCAGGCCCAAUUCCAAUACCAGAGACGCUAUGGCGGCCACUGACCCACCCAACAGUUAAGUGAACGGGACAGAGAGCGUGCGAGCGAGCAGAAGAAGAACAAGAAAUCAAUUCAAUGAGCGCGCAACAGUGAGCCAUAUGAGAGAGAAACGUGUGAUGAUGAGAUGCAGUGAGAGAGAGAAAGAGAGAGAGAGAGAGAGAGCAGCGUUUUUGUGAGCGAAAGAGAUAGAAGAUAGAUAGCGAAAGAGAUGGCAAUAGUCAUGUGCAUUAUCUAUAUUAGCUGCGUGCGUUUAGAAUUUUUUUUUUUUUUUUUCUUGUGUGUUUCUGAUAGUUUUGUGUACCACAUUUUAAGAUCACAUUCAAUCAUUUAUGCAUAUACACAUGAUGUAAUGUGUACAUAAUAUUUGUUUAUGUAUGCACAUGUGCGUAUGUGACCGCGUAUUGACAUACAUAUAUGCAAUGUAGGCGUGUAUGUAUUUGUAUAUAUUUAUAUAUAUUUUUUUAUUAGCAAUUUUGCAUUUCAACGUUUAUGAAUACAACAAAUUAUAUACUCAACAACCUCUCCCCCCUCCAACAAAAACAAAAAAAAAACCAAAAAAAAAAAAAAAAAAUUAAAAUAAAAAAAUCCCUUAAAUAACAAAUAAGAGAAAAAAUUGCCAUCUUGCAUAUAGAAGCAUACACACA